GGUCGGUCGGUCGGUCGGACAAUUAAGUAAUUCCCGUCGGUUUUUAAAUCGUAUCCGGAUACGAGCACUGCAUCUAGCCGCCAUUAUUUUGGCCCCCAUACCAGGUGGGUAGAUGCUUAUGGCAGAACAGCGACGGGCGGGUUGGUCGGUAUUGUUGUUGUUGUUGUUGUUGUUGUUGUUGUUGUUGUUGUUGUUGUUGUUGCUGGUGACUCAGCAAGGCAGCGCGUGUAACAGCAGCCAGGUACGCACAAGUUACCUAGUAAGUAACAACAGCAACAGCUCUAUAUAACUCGAUGGGGUAGUAAAGUAGGAUGCGCUAGCGCAUGCGCCCCCAGAAUCCUGAUGCGAUGGCG